AUGAAUCACUUUGAAUACAGAGAAGCACGCCUUGGACAAACUGAACAGUUUGUAUCCAAGGAGAAGAAUAUAAAGCUUUACGAUGGUGAGGAGAAGACAAACUUUGAAGAGGGUGAAGUUGUACUGACAUCUCAUCGACUCUUCUGGGGACGUCCUGGUCAGAUUGCCCAAGGAAUGCGUGUCCUGUGUCUGCAUCUGAAGUAUGUGGAAAAUUUGGAUGAAGAGAUAGCGAGUUCGUUUAUAUUUGGCAAGAAGAAACGUGUAAUUGUGCAACUUAAACCUCUUGAAGCAGACAAAGCUCCGGGGCCAAUGGAUUACAGCACAGCGAGUUAUAUUAAGCUAUCCGGAAAGAAUGGAAUAGAAGAGGCUUUUAUUCUGGCCCUACAGGAGACCGUGGCAGCUCGCCUAUGGAACGUAGAUGGAGGGAGCAGUAGUGAGAAUUCUCCUGAGAAAAAGCCAGGAAUAAAACUACGAACAGGAAUUGUUGGAAUAGAAAGGGGUAUUCAGCAGAAACAAAAACAAACAGAUGAGAGUAUUGCUGUGGCAUUUCAAGAUUUGAAGAAACUCAUGGGAAUGGCUCGGGAAAUGGUAACAGUGUCAAAGGGUAUUGCUGCCAAGAUUAGAAAUCACGAUGGUGAUAUCAGUGAAGACGAAACCAUUCGUUUUAAGUCCUAUUUGAUGAGCUUGGGCAUUGAUGAUCCUGUAACACGAGGGAAUUUCACAACGAACAUCGAGUACUUUCAGAGCCUUUCCCAACAGAUUACACAGAUGCUUUUGGACUCCAUCACCGAAGCAGGUGGCAUGAUGAGUCUUGCGGAUGUAUAUUGUCGCGUCAACAGAGCCAGGGGAUUUGAACUACUCUCACCGGAGGAUCUCCUAGGUGCAUGUCAACUAAUGCAAGGACCCAUAAGACUUAGGCAAUUCCCUAGUGGGGCAAUGGUUCUCCAACUUGAUUCCCACAACGAUGAGAUUGUCAUGGAGGAAACAGAACAACAUAUUCGUGAAGAGGGUUCACUCACUGUGGAACAUUUUGCCAGGAAUAAGAAAAUUUCAGUUCUCCUUGCGCAGGAAAGGCUUUUCACGGCUGAACGUGCUGGUAAAAUAUGCCGUGACGAGUCCUUAGAGGGACUGAGAUUCUUCCCAAAUCUUUUUUUGUUACAAUGUGCACGAUAAAAAAAAUAUAGUAUUGAAUUAUUAAUAAAAAAUUGUUAUAUUGAAAAAA